UUUGUCACAGCUGCUUCAUCUCUGUACAGUACUGAGAGACCAACUUCUAUGUCACCUGAUAGUGACCAGACUCCAUCCACAAGUGAGACUGAGACGUUAUCAGCUACUCCAAGCUCUAGCUCUACAACAACAGAGGAGGACAUCUCAGGAGCGCAGACAAGUGAGGUCUCAGUCCAAGAAACCAAAUCUUCCACAGCCUCCUCAUUAUUCAGCACAGAGACACCAUCAGCAAUGCCAGUCACAGGUGACGACAAGCCUGUGACAGGUGGAACAGAGAGUUCUUCAGUAACACCUUUUUCAGGGACACCAGUGGUUGGCACUGUAGUGAGUCCAACAGAUGAGGAUGUUUCAGGUGACCAAGCUUCAACAAUGUUCACCAUGACCUCCCAGGCCACAGCUACAUCUUCACCAUAUAGCACAGUGGCAACAACAACAAUAUCUUCUGUAACAUUGUCUUCAGUUUCAGAGGAAAGUGAGACGAGUACAAGUGGUGAAACCACAACAGUGCAGUCCAGUCCUUCCUUCAGUGAAUCAACAAUAACACCUGACGGAACAUCCCUGCUUUCAACCACCUUUAUUGAGAGUUCAGGGGACGGCACAACCGAUUUCACUGAUGAGUCCCUUAUUCCAGCAACCACUGCCUCCUCAUUUUCCAGCACUGUGUCUCCACAUGUUACAUCAUUCCUUGAAACUGACACAAGUGAUUCUCCAAAACCAGCUGUCACAGCUGCUUCAUCUCUGUACAGUACUGAGAGACCAACUUCAAUGUCACCUGAAAUUAAAGAGACUCCAUCCACAAGUGAGACUGAGACGUUAACAGCUUCACCAAGGUCUAGCUCUACAACAGAAGAGGAGGACAGCUCAGGAGCACAGACAAGUAAGGUCUCAGCCCAAGAAACCAAAUCUCCUGCAGCAUCCUCAUUAUUCAGCACAGAGACACCAUCAGCAAUGCCAGUCACAGGUGAUGACAAGACUGUGACAGGUGGAACAGAGAGUUCUUCAGUAACACCUUUUUCAGAGACACCAGUGGUUGGCACUGUAGUGAGUUCGACAGAUGAGGAUGUUUCAGGUGACCAAGCUUUAACAAUGUUCACCAUGACCUCCCAGGCCACAGCUACAUCUUCACCAUAUAGCACAGAGGCAACAACAACAUCUUCUGUAACAUCAUCUUCAGUUUCACAGGAAAGUGAGAAGAGUACAAGUGGUGAAACCACAACAGUGCAGUCCAGUCCUUCCUUCAGUGAAUCAACGGUAGCACCUGACGGAACAUCACUGCUCUCAACCACGUUUGUUGAGAGCUCAGGGGAUGGCACAACCAAUUUCACUGAUGACUCCCAUCUUUCAGCAACCACUGCCUCCUCAUUUUCCAGCACUGUGUCUCCACAUGUUACAUCAUCACUUGCAACUGACACAAGUGGUUCAACCAAAACAUUUGUCACAGCUGCUUCAUCUCUGUACAGUACUGAGAGACCGACUUCUAUGUCACCUGAUAGUGACCAGACUCGUUCCACAAGUGAGACUGAGACGUUAUCAGCUACUCCAAGCUCUAGCUCUACAACAACAGAGGAGGACAUCUCAGGAGCACAGACAAGUGAGGUCUCAGUCCAAGAAACCAAAUCUCCCACAGCCUCCUCAUUGUUCAGCACAGAGACACCAUCAGCAAUGCCAGUCACAGGUGAUGACAGGACUGUGAUAGGUGAAACAGAGAGUCCCUCGGUAACACCUUUUUCAGGGACACCAGUGUUUGGCACUGUAAUGAGUCCAACAGAUGAGGAUGUUUCAGGUGACCAAGCUUCAACAAUGUUCACCAUGACCUCCCAGGCCACAGCUCCAUCUUCACCAUAUAGCACAGAGGCAACAACAACAUCUUCUGUAACAUCAUCUUCAGUUUCAGAGGAAAGUGAGAAGAGUACAAGUGGUGAAACCACAAGAGUGCAGUCCAGUCCUUCCUUCAGUGAAUCAACAAUAACACCUGACGGAACAUCCCUGCUUUCAACCACCUUUAUUGAGAGUUCAGGGGACGGCACAACCGAUUUCACUGAUGAGUCCCUUAUUCCAGCAACCACUGCCUCCUCAUUUUCCAGCACUGUGUCUCCACAUCUCUACAACAACAGAGGAGGACAUCUCAGGAGCGCAGACAAGUGA